GUGGUUCUCCCCACCUUUAUACUGGAGAAGCGCUCUCUGCUGGAGAUGUAUGCCGACUUCAUGUCACACCCGGACCUUUUCGUGGCCAUCACCGACGGCAGCAGCCCGGAGGACCGCAUGGUCCGGUUUGUGGAGUACUACCUCACCUCCUUCCACGAGGGCCGCAAGGGCGCCAUCGCCAAGAAGCCCUACAACCCCAUCAUCGGCGAGACCUUCCACUGCUCCUGGAAGGUUCCCAGGAAACCAGAGGAGGCGUCGCAGGGAGGCGACCCGGCCGCCUCCCAGGACCCCUACCAAGUACGCUUUGUGGCGGAGCAGGUGUCCCACCACCCUCCUGUGUCCGGCUUCUAUGCUGAAUGCCAGGAGAGGCGGAUGUGUGUGAACACACACGUGUGGACCAAGAGCAAGUUCAUGGGAAUGUCCAUUGGCGUGUCCAUGAUCGGGGAAGGUUGUCUAUAUUUGCUGGAGCACGACGAAGAGUACACUUUCACGCUGCCUUGUGCGUAUGCGCGCUCCAUCCUCACCGUCCCCUGGGUGGAGCUGGGCGGCAAAGUCAACAUCAGCUGCGCCAAGUCGGGCUACUCGGCGAUCAUCACCUUCCAGACGAAACCUUUUUACGGCGGCAAAUUACACAAGGUAACAGCGGAGGUGAAGCACAACACCACCAACGCGGUGGUGUGUCGAGUGCAGGGCGAGUGGAACGGCGUCCUGGAGUUCAGUUACACCAGCGGAGAGACGAGGGUGGUCGACGUCACCAAGCUGCCCGUUACGAGGAAGUGCGUUCGGCCGGUGGAGAAGCAGGGACCAACCGAGUCCAG